AUGACUGAGCUGAAGAGGAAAGACGGCCAGCUGGAGCAGCUCUCACACACAGAGGAUCACAACCAGUUUCUCCACAACUACCCCUCAGUGUCAGCACUCAGUGAGUCUCCACACUCAUCCAGCAUCAAGACUCGUCCUCUCAGCUACUUUGAGGACGUGACGGCAGCUGUGGACCAGCUCAGAGACAAGAUACAGGACGUCCUGAGGGACACCUGGACAAACGUCUCACUGAGAGUUUCUGAAGUCGAUGGUUUACUGUCACAACCAGAGCCAGAACCAAAGAGCAGAUCUGAGUUCCUAAAAUAUUCGAAAGAAAUCACUCUAGAUCCAAACACAGCAAACAGACAUCUGCUGCUGUCUGAUGGAAACAGAACGUUAACAGUAACGGAACAAAAACAGUUUUAUCCUGAUCAUCCAGACAGAUUCACUGAUUAUAUUCAGGUUCUGAGCAGAGAGAGUCUGAGUGGACGUUGUUACUGGGAGGUGGAGUGGAGCGGGAAAGUGAUCUGUUUAGCCGUUUCCUACAAGAAUAUCAGCAGAUCAGGAGGUUCACAUGACGGUAGAUUUGGAUCCAAUGGCAAAUCCUGGGCCUUACGUUGUCACACAAACAGUUGUUCAUUUUAUCACAAUAGAAACCGUACUUCAGUCUCAGGUUCUGGUUCCUCCAGGAUCGGAGUGUACCUGGACCACACAGCAGGGGUUCUGUCCUUCUACAGGGUCUCUGACACCAUGACCCUCCUCCACAGAGUCCAGACCACCUUCACUCAGCCGCUCCACGCUGGAGUUUGGAUUUGGUUUCAUAAAGGAAACUCUGUCGAGUUCAUCCAACUGAAAUAAUCCAAAUCUACUGAAGUCCUGUUGGUCAGACUGUUUUCUGUUUAACAGUUUUUGGUCUCCUGUUGUAGAAUCUGAGAGUUUAUACAAAACAAACAUUAAUAAAAGAUCUAAAACCACA